CUUCUUCAGGAACAACAAGGCGCCUACUCUUUCAACCACCUCGGUAGCUUGCUAGCCAACAUAAAACUAAAAGAUUGAUGCUUUAGACCAUGUUUGUGUACAUUAGCUAAUCUCAGUGUUUUAAACACUUCUCUGUUGACGUAUCAACUGGUUAACUUUAACCUAAUUUGCGUGUUCAUUUUUACGUGUUAAAUAUACUGAGGUUAGCACUAGGCUAGUCACUAAUGCUAACUAGCUAGCUAACAUUCCUGACCCUGAGCUCACUAAACUACUCCUCCCCUGCUAAAGAAGAAGAGGUCUGAUGUAUGGAGAAAGAAGCUCUGGCGCUGAACGUUGUCUUGGAAGAAGAAGAGCAGGGUGUUAUAGUGAAAGGAGAGAAAGAACCUUUCAGAAUGAAAAAUGAGGGAGAAGAGAUUGUUAUAGUGAAGGAGGACGAGGAGGCUGUUAUAGUGAAAGAAGAGAACGCAUCCUCUUCCUCUCUGAAAGAUUCUAUCUCAAUAACGGUGAAGAGAGAGGAGAUCUGCUGUAUGGAGAAAGAAGAUCUGGGACUGAACAUUUUCGUGGAAGAAGAAGAGGGGGCUGUUAAAGUAAAAGAAGAGAAAGCAUCCUCUUCCUCUCUAAAAGAUUAUAUCUCAGUAAAGGUGAAGGAGGAAGACGUUUUGAGAGUGAAAGAGGAGGAGACAGAAGAUCCGAUUACCACCCGAGAGAGACAUGACUAUUGUGGAUCCUCUGGGGAGCCUCAACAACAUCCUGAUGCUGACGAGGCAGAGAAGAGUCUCUCCAGAUCAGAACACCAGAUGGACAACGCUAGCCCUUCCUCCCUCCUGGAGUUCCUGUGUCAUGCCUCUCCCGGUAGCGCCUUACUGCUGGGUAUGAAGAGGUUGUCUGUGCUGCUGGUGGACUGCAGGAAAACAACGGGGCUGAGUGGAACUGUGGGAGGAGGAGAAGAGAAGAAAGGAUCAGAUUUGACACAUCAAAGAGAAAAACCAAACUCGGAGGAACCAGAGAUGUCCAAACCAGCAAGACGACACCUCUGUUCUCAGUGUGGAAAGAGUUUUAGUAAGUUAGGAAGCCUGAAAGCUCAUAAGCGAAUACACACCGGGGAGAAGCCUUACCAUUGCUCCCAUUGUGGAAAGAGUUUUAGCCAGUUAGGAAGCCUGAAAGCUCAUGGCCGAAUACACACAGGGGAGAAGCCUUACCACUGCUCACAUUGUGGAAAGCGUUUUAACCGGUUAGGAAGCCUAAUUGCUCAUGAGCGAAUACACACAGGAGAGAAACCAUACCAUUGCGACCAGUGUGGAAAGAGUUUUAACAAGUUAGAUAACAUGAAAUCUCAUGAGCAAAUACACACAGGGGAUAAGCCUUACCACUGCUCCCAGUGUGGAACUAAGUUUACCAAGUUAGGAAGCCUGAAAAGACAUGAGAGGACACACACCGAAGCAAAGCCUUUCCAUUGCGCCCUGUGUGGAACGAGUUUUAACCAUUUAGGAAACCUGAAAAGACAUGAGAGAAUACACACAGGGGAGAAGCCUUUCCAUUGCGCCCAGUGUGGAAAGAGUUUUAGCUUGUUAGGAAAUCUACAAUCUCAUGAGCGAAUUCACACAGGGGAGAAGCCAUACCAUUGCACCCAUUGUGGAAAGAGUUUUAACCAGUUAGGAAACAUGAAAUAUCAUGAGCGAAUACACACAGGGGAGAAGCCAUACCAUCGCGCUCAGUGUGGAAAAAGUUUUAUGCAGUUAGGAAAGCUGAAAGCUCAUGAGCGAAUACACACAGGGAGAAGCCUUACAAAUCUAGCAUCCCUUACCAUGAGCUCACAAAACUAUUCAUCCCCUGCUAAAGAAGAGGAUAUCUGCUGGACGGAGAAAGAAGCUCUGGCGCUGAACGUUGUCGUGGAAGAAGAAGAGGAGGCUGUUAUAGUAAAAGAAGAGAAAGAACCUUUCAGACUGAAAAAGGAGGAAGAGGAGGCUGUUAUAGUGAAAGGAGAGAAAGCAUCCUCUUCCUCUCUCAACGGUUAUUUCUCAGUAAAGGUGAAGAAGGAAGACGUUUUGGGAGUGAAAGAGGAGGAGACAGAAUAUCAGAUUAACACCAGAGAGAGACAUGACUAUUGUGGAUCCUCUGGGGAGCCUCAACAACAUCCUGAUGCUGACGAGGCAGAGAAGAGUCUCUCCAGAUCAGAACACCAGAUGGACAACGCUAGCCCUUCCUCCCUCCCGGAGUUCCUGUGUCAUGCCUCUCCCGGUAGCGCCUUACUGCUGGGUAUGAAGAGGUUGUCUGUGCUGCUGGUGGACUGCAGGAAAACAACGGGGCUGAGUGGAACUGUGAGAGUUGGAGAAGAGACGAAAGGGUCAGAUUUAACUCAUCAAAGAGAAAGACCAGACUCAGAGGAACCAGAGCCAGGAACUUCCAGACCAGCAAGACGACACCAGUGCUCCCAGUGUGGUAAGAGUUUUAACCAGAAAGGACACCUGAACCAACACGUGAAAAUACACACAGGGGAGAAGCCUUACCACUGCUCCCAGUGUGGAAAGUGUUUUACCCAGAAAGGACACCUGAACCGGCACAAGAGAAUACACACAGGGGAGAAGCCUUACCAUUGCUCCCAGUGUGGAAAGUGUUUUAACCAGUUAGGGGACCUGAAACGACAUGAGAGAAUACACACAGGGGAAAAGCCUUACCACUGCUCCCAGUGUGGAAAGAGUUUUAACCAUUUAGGGGACCUGAAACGACAUGAGAGAAUACACACAGGGGAAAAGCCUUACCACUGCUCCCAGUGUGCAAAGCGUUUUACCCAAUUAGGAAGCCUAAAAGAACACAUGAGACUGCACACAGGGGAGAAGCCUUUCCAUUGCUUCCAGUGUGGAAAGAGUUUCAAGCGGUUAGACACCCUCAAAGUUCAUGAGCAAAUACACACAAGGGAGAAGCCAUACCAUUGCGCCCAGUGUGGAAAGCGUUUCAUUCAGUUAGGAAACCUGAAAGUUCAUGAGCGAAUGCACACAGGGGAGAUGCCUUACCACUGCUCCCAGUGUGGAAAGCGUUUUAACCAGUUCAGAAAGCUGAAACAACACAUGAGACUGCACACAGGGGAGAACAAUUACUUCUCCUAGUGUGUGAACUUAUUUCCCAUCACAGAGAACAUACACGGUGCUCCUAUUUACUUGUUGACUGAGAAUGUGUUUACUGUUUAUACCAUAUUGAAUUGUACAAAGUAUUCUUAAACAUAUAUUUAAAGUUUUUAUUAUAAAACAUGAAUUGAAUAUUGAGUAUGUCAGUUUGAAUAUAGAGUAGAUCAGAUUCCUUGGGUUUAAAUUGUCCUUUUUUAAUCUCUGUGUGUGUUUAUCUGAGUGUCAUUCCUCCAGCACUACAGAUAAUCAAGUGAUACUUGGAUGUGAUGCAUUUUCUCCAUUGUUGACAUUCCCAUUGUUGGCCCACUGAUAAUUUAAUUAAAUGAAAAUGUUCACAGACUCUGUAUUGGAAAAUGUUAGUUGUAUGUGUCCACAUAACUGAGUAUGUGACUAACCUUGUGAAACUGUCCUAUUAUAAUCUCCUGUUCUUGGGAGUAUCAUCCUGCGUUGCAAACCUGUGUCCUUGUAUGAAUAAAGUCCCUCCCAGGAACAGGCAACUAUAAAGAUAUGUGCUCAUCACCCAAUGCUUCAGGAAUUCAGACUGUCUACACUGCGCUGUGUAACUCUGUUAUUCUCUCUGAGCUCAGAAAUAAAUAAUCUUGGUUUGA